CUCUGUUGCACAAGAUCUUUACUCAUCAAAGAUGAAAGAUGAAUGAAGCCCUUCAAACCCUUGGCGGAUCUGCGCAUCGGAGCCCGGAGCCAAAGAAGCAGGAGCUAACUGGUUCCGUCCAAGUUGGGGAAGUCCGAGACAUCCCUUCGCAUCGCAAGACCGAGUGCAAACACGCACAUACAAUCCGGAGACCUCCAAGUCCUUGCCAUGAUACGAGCACCUGGCCCGUCGGUGUUCGUUAAGCUGGAGCUAGGAUGACGUCUCAAGAUGGGGCUCUCAUAAAGAGAGUAGACCCCGCACUGGUGGUCGCUGAAGCCGCCUAAAUUUGUGAGCUCCAAAGUUGUGGUUUUGAAUAUUUUUCGUGUGGUACAGUGAAGAAUCAAUUGAAAAUAUUAAAAGAUGCAAGGACUAUGGAGAGGUUUGGGACUGGGAUUGGGGAAGACGAAGUUUGUAGAGGACGGUGGUGGUGAGGCGGAGCAGAAAAAAGAAGUGAGAAGCUGGAGGAUAGGAAAGGAAGCGUAUGAGAAGAAGAUGGUGCAUCAUCAGGGCAUUAAGCAGCUUUGGGAGUCGAAGUGGAAAUUUCCGUGCUCGAUCUCGGUAUAUCCAUUCCACGAUGGAAAAUUCGAGGAUUUUGAGCCUGUGUUCCAGGAUCUGAUCAAGAGGAAUAUCAACGACGGGACCAGCGCAGAAUACACCAAAGCAUUCUUCCCCAUCGCUGCAUCUCUCACGUCCAAGGGCGACGAAAUCCUCACCUCCAACCCAAAACAAGCUAGUGACCUCUACCUCCGCGCCGCUUGCCUCUACCGCAUUGCUCGAUUCCCGUACAUUUCCGCAUUCCCAACCGUGAACGAUGACACGAAAUGGGAAGCAUGGACUCUCCAAAAAGCCGUGUAUCUCAAGGCCGCCAAGACUUGGGAGCAGCCUGUAACUGAGGUUAUGAUUCCCCAUACGCAUAAAUCGGGUGAAGACCGUUCCGAGAUCCCGGCGUAUGCGAGAUUCCCGAAGCAAGAAAGGAAAGGGAAGGUCCCUGCCGUGCUGCUAAUGACAGGUCUUGAUGGAUAUCGACCGGAUAACACGCAACGGAGCGAAGAGUUCAUUAAUCGUGGAUGGGCGGCAGUCAUCGUUGAGAUUCCUGGUACAGCAGAUUGCCCUGCAGAUCCUAAGGAUCCGGAAAGCAGCGAGAGGUUGUGGGAUAGCGUUUUGGGCUGGAUGGAGAAAGAUAGGAGGUUUGAUAUGGGGAAGGUUUUGGUAUGGGGGCUGAGUUCCGGUGGGUAUCAUGCUGUGAGGAUCGCGCAUACGCAUAAAGAGCGAUUAAAGGGAGUGAUUGCGCAGGGUGCGGGGGUGCACGAGUUUUUUGACAAGGAGUGGAUUGAAAAGGCGGACGGUCACGAAUAUCCUUUCUUAUUGAGUCCGGCGAUGGCUUUGAAGCAUGGAUAUACGAAUGUCGAGGCCUAUAAGAACGGAGUGCAGAAGAAGUUCUCGUUGCUAAAAUUAGGAAUCCUCGAGAAGCCGUCGACAAGACUUCUGUUGAUCAACGGGACCCACGACGGCUUGAUGCCAAUUGAAGACUCGAUACUGCUGUUUGAUCAUGGAACACCCAAGGAAGCAAGGUUCUUCGAUAAAGCCCUGCAUAUGGGAUAUCCCAUGGCCAAUGCAUCCGUGUACCCGUGGAUGGAGAGCGUAAUGGCGAGCUGAUAGAACAGGUCACGUGUGACAGCACAUUGGGCAUAAAUCAUCACCUCAAUUUCUGCAGAAUAUAUGCUAUCUGAAAACGGCCCCUUAUGAAGGAAGCCAGUGAUCCAAUGCGUUGCGGAACAACACCCCAAAAGAGCUCCAUCUAACCAAUUGUCCAUCGGUGCGUAAAGUUAACAUUGCCGAGGAGGGGCCACGGCUCGGUGAGAAGUUGUCAGCAAAGAAGCGAAUCAAGCUAGACUGGAAGAAGAAAAGGGGGCGAUCGCAGCUAAAGCCCGUUUCGCAACCCUUGAAUACUAGUAUUUGUUAGUAUUCGAACACCAGCUUUUAUUUGUUAUAAAAAGGAGUAUUUCGCAUAUUCAUAUUACUAGUUUGGGGCAGGGAAAUAGCAAUAUUCAACGAAUUUAUGAUCCGAC